CAGCUUGUCACAUGGUACAAGGCUGUUGUGAAUAGCCUUGUACCAUGUGACCUCUGUGAUCAUUCACAGAUUUCACACGUAGUAAGCAAUGAUGUCACAAGUGACAUCUUGCUUACUACUUUGCAUGUGAUCACUGAUUGGCCAAUCAGCGAUCACAUUAACAGUAGUAAACAAGAUGUCACUUUCUGACAUCAUUGCUUACUACUUGUGAAAUCUGUGAAUGAUCACAGAGGUCACAUGGUACAAGGCUAUUCACAACAGCCUUGUACCAUGUGACAAGCUGUGACCAAUCACAGCUCUCACAGUAUUUCUCAAUGACUGCAAGAAUGCAGCCAGAGAGAAGGAGAAAUGAUUGCUUUUACAGCCUUUAUGGGUUAUUAUAAAAAUAUUAUAAAAACA